UUUCCUUUAGAUUUGUAGCUGGAGGCUCAAGUAAGGGUUCCAUACUCAUUGCUCAUUCGCGCAGACAUGGACCAAGGUGAGCAGCUAUGCGAGGCCGCGAGGAGCGGCGAUUCGGACAAGCUGAGAGCUCUGAUAGAGACCGGUGCCGAUGUUUCCUAUUUCGACGGGCAAGGCGUCACUCCGCUAAUGCACGCGGCGAAGCACGGCCACGCCCCCGCGGUCAAGGCCCUUCUCGAAGCUGGCGCGCCAUGGAACGCCCUCUCACCCUCCAACAUCUCCGCCGGAGAUUUCGCUAUGGAAGCUGGCCACCAGGACGCUUUUGAUAUCCUCCUCAACGCCGGGAUUCAAGCUGAAUUGGUAUUAGGAACAAUUGCAAGGACAGCUGAUAAAAAUGGUGAUCUUGAUGGAGUUUACUUGGAAGACAGAGUUACUUUUAGCGAGGAUAAGCUGAUGGACUCUGAUAGCAAGGCUGUCAUGAUGGCUUGGGAGAAACCAUUGAUGGAGGCUCAUGCCAAAGCUGUUUGCUCAGGAGGCGGUCACAUUCUGAACAUUGGAUUUGGAAUGGGUCUUGUGGAUACUGCCAUUCAGCAAUAUGCACCUGCUAUGCACACUAUUGUUGAGGCUCACCCGGAAGUUUAUGAACGUAUGCUUCGUACCGGUUGGGGCAAGAAGGAUAAUGUGAAGAUAAUAUUUGGCCGUUGGCAAGAUGUUCUCUCUCAACUUGAAUCUUAUGAUGGUAUUUUCUUUGACACGUAUGGAGAGUAUUAUGAAGACCUGAGAGAGUUCCACCAACAUCUUCCUGUGUUGUUGAAGCCUGGGGGAAUUUACUCAUUCUUCAAUGGCCUUUGUGGAGGUAAUGCAUUCUUCCAUGUUGUCUACUGUCAGUUAGUUUCUCUGGAACUCGAGAAUUUGGGCUACUCCACACAGUUAAUACCAUUGCCUGUUAAGGAUUGCCUAGGAGAAGAAGUUUGGGAAGGUGUGAAACACAAAUAUUGGCAGCUUGAUACAUAUUACCUUCCUGUUUGUCAGUCAAUACAGGAUUCGGAAUGAUGCUUGCUUUUACUUAAGAUAUUUUGAGAAGCGCUUUUAACCAGUUAGAAGUCAAUGUUAUUCGAUGCUUGCAUUA